CUGUUAAGGCCCUUGGCCGGGACUACAGCUGAUCAUAUCACAACACGUCAACGUGUCCAUAUUUUGCGUUUAAGUACUUGUAGUUUAGACUGAUUUUCAAAUUGCAUCAUAGCUUCGUUUUGUGGUUUGCUAUUCAUUUAAAGGAAAAACGAAACAUCUUUUAAAUUAAGUUGAAGAUACAUUAAAAGCGACGAAACAUCGACAAACAAGGAUUUUACUUAAUCACUACAAUGGUGAAAGUUGUCUUUCUACAUCCAGAUUUGGGAAUUGGAGGAGCUGAGCGUCUUGUGGUUGAUGCAGCACUUGCUUUGCAAUCCAAAGGCCAUGAGAUUCAUAUAGUUACUUCUUACCAUGAUCCUGGGCAUAGCUUUCCUGAAACCAAUGAUGGCACUAUUGCAGUUACUGUAAGUGGCAAUUGGCUCCCACGCAGCAUAUUUGGGAGAUUUCUUGCAUUGUGUGCUUAUGUACGCAUGGUAUGGGCAUCAUUCUACACAGUGUUUUUCAGUGAUUUGAACCCUCAAGUCUAUUUUUGUGAUCAGGUAUCAAUGUGCAUACCAGUUUUAAAGACAUUCACCUGUGUGCCAGUCCUAUUUUAUUGCCAUUUCCCGGAUCUUUUGCUCGCUAGUCAUCGAACCUGGAUACAAAAGAUUUAUAGAACACCUUUAGAUUGGCUUGAAGAGAAAACAACCGGACUAGCUACUACAACGGUUGUCAACAGCCAUUUCACGGCCGGUGUUUUCUGUGAUACUUUUAAAAGUAUUCGUCGGCGACCACAGGUGCUUUACCCUUCUCUGAACUUUGAAAGUUUUGAUCGAGAAUGCGUCAACAGCCUUAGUAGUGUUAUUGGCACCGACAAGAAAGUAGAUUUUGUUUACCUCUCCAUAAAUCGUUACGAGCGGAAGAAGAACCUAGGAUUAGCAAUAAAAGCAUUCGACCUAUUAAAAUCAUCCCUGGGCAGUGCGAAAAUUCACCUGAUCAUGGUUGGGGGAUACGAUGAUCGCCUAAUUGAAAAUGUCGAACAUUACGACGAGUUGCAGAAACUUGUUAUUUCGUUGAAUCUUAGCGAGUCUGUAACAUUUCUUCGCUCACCAAGUGACGAAACCAAGACAUGCUUGUUGAAAAACUGUCAAACGUUACUUUACACACCGGACAAGGAGCACUUUGGUAUAGUUCCAUUGGAAGCCAUGUACUGUCAACUCCCCGUCAUUGCCGUUAAUAGCGGAGGGCCGCUGGAAACGGUAGAGGACCACCGAACAGGUUACCUGUGCCAGCCUACAGCGGAAGAUUUUGCUGAAAAGAUGCAGUACCUCUUUGAAAACCCAAACAUAGCGAUUAAAAUGGGAGAGCGAGGAAAACAACGUGUAAUUCAACAUUUCUCUUUCCAUUCUUUCUGCCACCAGCUAAAUGAUCUGGUGGGUGAGCUUGUUGUAUCGAAGGUUUAGUGAUCAUUACACUUAUUUAAAUAAGU